CGCAAUCAAACGGUCACACUAGUUUUUGUUUACAAUAAUUACCGAAAGAUAUUGCGCCAUGGAGCCGGGCGUCAUCCGGAAGUUGGACGAGGUGGUGGUCAACCGAAUAGCCGCAGGCGAGAUCAUCCAGAGGCCCGCGAACGCCCUGAAAGAGCUGCUCGAGAACAGUUUGGACGCCAAGUCGAGUCACAUCCAAGUGCAGGUUAAGGCCGGCGGUCUGAAGCUCCUCCAGAUCCAGGACAAUGGCACUGGGAUACGGCGCGAGGAUCUGGCCAUCGUCUGCGAACGCUUCACCACCUCCAAGCUGUCCCGCUUCGAGGACUUGGCCCAAAUAGCCACGUUCGGGUUUAGGGGAGAGGCCCUGGCCAGCAUCAGUCAUGUGGCGCAUUUGUGCAUCCAGACCAAGACGGCGAAAGAGAAGUGCGGCUACAAGGCCACUUAUUCGGAUGGCAAGCUCCUGGGACAGCCAAAACCGUGUGCCGGAAACCAGGGAACCAUUAUUUCCAUCGAGGAUUUGUUCUACAACAUGCCGCAAAGGAGACAGGGGCUCCGUUCGCUUGCGGAGGAGUUUCAACGACUGUCCGAUGUUCUGGCCAGGUACGCUGUCCACAAUCCCCAUGUGGGCUUCACUCUCCGCAAGCAGGGCGAUGCACAACCUGCCCUGCGCACACCAGUGGCCAGUUCCCGGUCCGAAAACAUUCGAAUUAUCUACGGGGCAGCCAUUUCCAAGGAGCUACUGGAAUUUAGCCACCGGGAUGAGGUUUUCAAGUUCGAGGCUGACUGCCUGAUCACACAGGUCAACUAUUCAGCCAAGAAGAGCCAGAUGCUCCUGUUCAUUAACCAGCGGUUGGUGGAGUCAAUAGCUCUCAAGGCCGCCGUGGACUCGGUGUAUGCCACCUACCUGCCUCGAGGCCACCAUCCCUUCGUCUACAUGAGCCUCACGCUACCGCCCCAAAAUCUGGAUGUGAAUGUUCAUCCCACCAAGCACGAGGUGCACUUCCUGUACCAGGAUGAAAUUAUAGAAAAAAUCAAGCAGCAGGUAGAGGCCCGACUCCUGGGCAGCAAUUCCACGAGGACCUUCUACAAACAGCUUCGACUGCCAGGAGCUCCAGACCUGGAUGAAACGCAGGCAGCGGAUAAAACACAGCGCAUCUAUCCCAAGGAAAUGGUGCGCACCGAUUCCAGUGAACAAAAGCUGGAUAAGUUUCUGGCGCCUUUGAUCAAAGUUGAGUCAGGUGUGUCGCUCAGUUCCUCCCAGGAGGCUCCUCCUCUGCCAGAGGAGAGUUUUCGAGUCACUGUGGCGAAGAAAUCCCGAGAAGUGCGCCUUAGCAGCGUGCUGGACAUGAGAGUCCGGGUAGAGCGGCAGUGCAGUCUUCAGGUCAGAAGCAUCCUCAAGAACAUUGUCUAUGUGGGUUGCGUAGACGAAUUCCGCUCACUAUUCCAGCAUGAAACGCGCCUUUAUAUCUGCAACACCCGCUCCUUCAGUGAGGAACUCUUCUACCAGCGGCUGAUUUACGAGUUCCAAAAUUUGUCUGAGAUUACUAUAAAUCCGGCGCUGCCACUGAAGGAGCUCCUAAUGCUUUCGCUGGACAGCGAGGCCGCUGGCUGGACGCCCGAGGACGGCGAUAAGGCUGAACUGGCUGCCAGUGCUGCUGAGGUACUGAUUAAAAAGGCUCCUAUUAUGCGGGAGUAUUUCGGGCUGCGCAUCUCGGAGGAGGGCAACGUGGAAUCUCUCCCCAGUUUGGUAGCCCAGCAUCGUCCCAAUGUGGCCCACUUACCAGUUUACCUUCUGCGCUUGGCCACCGAUGUGGAUUGGGAGCACGAGGCUCGUUGUUUCGAGACAUUCUGCAGGGAAACAGCUCGAUUUUAUUCCAAAUUGGAUUGGCGGGAAGAAUCGGCUGGAGCACAUUCCAGAUGGAUCACGGAACAUGUCCUAUUUCCAGCCUUUAGAAAGUAUCUCCUGCCACCGCCUCGUCUCAAGGAAAAAAUCUUCGAGCUCACCAACCUGCCCACGCUUUACAAGGUGUUCGAGAGGUGCUAGUAUGCAUUUUUAAUGUUCUUUUUUGUUUAACAAUAAUGCUUUAGAAACAAGAUCUCCUGGAUCAUAACAUAUUCAACUAUAUUGAUAUAUUUCAGGGACCGUAACCGGUAUAACUCUUACUUUUAAAAUCAAUCUUUAAUCGUUAUUUAUCGCCCUUUUAUUUAUAGGUCAUAUAGUAACUGUAUUUUUCAACUUUAAUAUAAAUGUCUUAAAAUAACAAUUAUUUUCUGGUUAAAAAUUAAAAGCCUUCCCGUAACAUUUGUUCAAUGACUUAAAUGAAAAGAUAAAAGUCUAAAUAUCUGUUAUUCGAAGACUUUUACUAAAAAAUUUAUUAAAUAGUUAUUUAAUGAUCAAAAAUAUACAAGUCUUUAAUAUCUGUUGCCAACAGAAAUAACGCAGAGAGGUCGUCUGUUGGAAUUUGGUUGGUUAUAGAGAAUUAUGGAUGGUUUCAAAUGGUUAGCAAUAAAAAUUUGUUAAAAUA